CGACUUAACGGAGCUAUAUAUGUUUUUGGAUAAAACCGUUAUCCAUAGACAUAUUACAUCACCGCUCAUUACUGACUGAGCCACAAUUCGUGAACAGCUCGGUGGUCUCAGAAGUUCGUAGCUAAGUAAUGUGGUAGCCAACAAACUCAAUUGAAAACUGACAGUAAAUGUUUUAGGUGAUUUGUAGCGGAUCCGAGCGCAUCUCCAAAAUAUGAACGCGGUAUCCGUGGUAUUCUUACUGGCCGUCAUUUCUUUUUGUGAAGGGUCGGCCAUAUUCCCCAGCCCCCACAACCUGGCUGUGCAGUCUCUGAACACUCAGUACAUCCUGAAGUGGCAAUGGGAACCGCAGACUCCACCCAGUCAGAGCGUCACCUUCACUGCCCAGUACCUGCAUAAAUUCAAGAUCAAGAGAAAGAAACAGGACUGGAAGUCGGUGUGCAAUGCCACCUUAGACACGCAGUGCGAUUUCUCCCUCGCCCAGCUGCACUACCAAGGGACCUAUGUGUUUCGGGUGAAGGCUGACUGUGCAGGGGAGAGCUCAGAGUGGGCCCAGACAGAGUUCUGCCCUGACCAGGACGCCAACCUGGGCCCCCCCUCCAAAUUGCAGGUGUUCCGUGGCAACGGGUUGCUCAGGAUUUUGAUUUCUGACCCCUUAAACAGUAACAACAAGUCCAUGAGAGAGAUUCUGCUACCCAGCCUAUAUUUCUACAUCCAGUACUGGAAGCAUUCCGAGAAUUUGGUGGAAGGUAGCCAAUUUUUAACAACCAGCAACAAUGAUGUGACGCUGGUGGACCUGCAGAGCUGGACCACGUACUGUGUGAGAGUGCGCUGUCAUUUUGACUUCUACAACAAGACCAGCCAUUUCAGCCCUGUUGUUUGCGUGAAAAUCGAAGGACAGAUACCCAUCUGGCUGGUGAUCCUGGCUUCAUGCCUUGUGUUGGCAGCCCUGACGUUCGGCCUCUACAGAUGCAUUCCACUGUUCAAAUCCACCUUCUUCCCCUCCACCCAGCUCCCAGCCAGCAUGUACUUGUGUACUGCAGAACCCGGGCUGGACUUGUCGCACCUCCUGGCCAUUGAGGCUCAGGUGGAUGUGUUCUGCGAGAAGCUGGAAGUGCACCCCAAGGUGGUCCCCCCCGAAAUGCCGCCCCUGCCCCACUCCCCUGGGCACAGCCACGAGGGCAGCUGUGACUCGGGAAUGUACUCUAACGGGGAGGGGUCGGGAGAGCAGGGCGGGGCGCCUGAUUGGACAGGCGGGUCGGACCUGCUGGGUGUCAUUUCGGAGUCGAUGGGCGUGGCUUCGGGCCAGACGGGCGUGGCCACCAAGCAGGGGAACCCAGCGGAGAGCGGGGUGGAUUCCGGGAUCGGGAGGAUGGUGGCUGUUUGAACGGAACCACAUGAGAGUGCUCUGGAAGUGCACGUUUUCAAAACUAACAAGAGGCAUUGGGGAACACUUGAAAGUACUUUAAAACUCACUGAUAUCGAGUGGAGAAAAGUAUUAAACAAUGAGCCAAUAACUUGUUCAAUAAUGUAAAGAACAGAAACAAACCAAUGCAAAUGGGGUGACAUGGCUCAGGCAGUAAGAGCAGUCGUCUGGCAGUCGGAGGGUUGCCGGUUUGAUCCCCCGCCCAGGCUGUGUCGAAGUGUCCCUGAGCAAGACACCUAACCCCCAAAUGCUCCUGACGAGCUGGUCGGGGCCUUGCAUGGCAGCCAAUCGCCGUCGGUGUGUGAGUGUGUGUAUGAAUGGGUGAAUGGAGAAGCAUCAAUUGUACAGCGCUUUGGAUAAAGGCGCUAUAUAAAUGCCUGCCAUUUACCAAAUUAGCAACCACACAUUAUUUUAGCUGCUUGUAGUGAGGAGGAAGUCACAAGUGUCACAAGUGAAUGACAACUACCACUCAUCCUUGUAUUAAUACACCAGUGUUAAACCCCUCUACCUCACCCUGCACCCUGCUGUGUGCUGGUGCACCGCACUGCCAGCAGCUGAAGAAGUCUUUAAUUCCCAGGACCUGCAUGGAUGAAUAUUAGUGGCCAUGGAGUUCGAGAGAGACCUUUAAAAUAAAGGCAUAAGUGCCUUUAUGCAAAACUGCAUGGGUUUCCAUGGCAAUGAGUAGGUCAAAGAGGUCCUAGCUCAGGACCGGUUCUGAGUGUUGAUUCAGUGGCUCUCCAGAACCCGGUUUGGGGAUCGCUGGCUCAUGCUAAUCCAGCGGGUCCCCGGUCCAGACCUCGCAGGAAGAGUUGUUCUGACCCAUGAAAGCUGGAGUCGCAUUUGCUGCGAUUUCAUUCUCACAGAAUCACCAGACCCUCACAAUCCUGCCUCUCUGUUUCUCUCCGUCAAUGUGGAAACACCUGCCGCAGUGCUUCAGGAGUUCACCCUGUGAUGGAAGGAACGCUUGAGUCUUAAGAAGCAAGUUAAAAAUAAGAGAUUCACUUCUUUAUUUUAACCCUCCCACUUCCCCUUUUUAAAUCAUCCCACGGUGGAUGUCUGAGAUCAGGGUGCUGAAACAUUUGACUUGGGAGUGUCAGCUGUCAGGGGUGUCAAACUGAAUUCCCAGGGGGCCGCAGUGUCUGCAGGUUUUUGUGGUUUCCUUUAAGUCAGCUGUCAAUUAAGGUCUCAAGAAGAAGGUGUGUGGAUUCUUUAGCCAAUCAACGACUUAGGGCGGCCUGUAGCGUAGUGGUUAAGGUAAAUGACUGGGACAUGCACGGUCGGUGGUUCUAAUCCCGGUGUAGCCACAAUAAGAUCCACACAGCCGUUGGGCCCUUGAGCAAGGCCCUUAACCCUGCUCCAGGGGAGGAUUGUCUCUGGAUAAGAGCGUCUGCCAAAUGCCAAUAAUGUAAUGUAAUGUAAAUGAACCACAGGUUCUGAGAACAACCCGAAAACCCAAAACUGGCCCUCCAGGACUGAAGUUAAACCUGCAGACACUGUGGCCCUUCCAGGGCUGGAGUUAAACCUGCAGACACUGCGGCACCCCAGGACUGGAGUUAAACAUACAGGCACUGCGGCCCACUCCUGUGCCAUAAGUAAACCAGAAAUUAUUUGAUAACUAUAAUACUGCAGCAUUCAGUUCCCUGUGGUGUUUGCAUUCUUAACCCCCUGAAAUGGCCAAAGACUGCUUGCAAGGACUAACCUGAGGGAACUUAUUAUGCAGCCAGAAUCUUUCUUUCAAUUGUCCGACCAAUUUGUGCGUUUUGUCACUGGCAUUUUGUGUUGAGUGGGGAGUGGCCUGGCCUGACUCAGGGAUAUGCUGCCCUGUAUGUAUUAAUAAUUAUAAUUUGAGGGCUAAAGAACCCUUUUAUGUUUACUGUCUACAUUCACCUAUUCUCUAUGGUUACACAUUCUUUUUGAAUGCCAGUAUCCAGUAGAUGCUUUUGUCCUGAGACACACACCAGUCAGUCAUGCUUGCUUUUCCAUAUUCCUUACAGUGUCUGUCAUACUUCAUAUUGACAUUCUACUGUACAUUUAUGCUGAAUAUAUAUGAAUAUUGUGAUUUGUACCGUUACGCUCUUAUGUAUCCAUGAAUAAACCGGACUUUUUGUACUGUG